GACCUGGAUUCUGGUUGCUGAAAUGAACUAAUAAUUUAGAAACAUCGACUCAUCUGAGAGCUCCUUGUUUCAGGUUAUUACUGAACUGCUGCCAUCUAGUGUAGAAAACACACAGUUAGAAUAGAUCACCUGACUGACUCCUCCUUUUUCAAAUCUCCUCCUCUACACCUCCUCUACCUGUUGGAGGAAGUGAAUCUCAUCCUGUCUCUCUGAUCUUUCUUCAUUCUGCACUCACUUCACUCAGAGACACCAAUGAGAAGCUUUUAAACAGUGACUGUUUGUGUUUGUUUCUUGAUGUGUGAUUCUGAAAGGAGCUAAAACUCACUCAGUGGGUUGAAGGGCUAUGGUGGCUGAUUCUCAACUGUGCUGCUCUGAUCAUUACAGACGUCCUAAAAGUGAAAGUGGAGUUUGGACUAAAGGAGCUGUUACAGAGAAACAGCACAGCAGCAGUUGGAGGAAAUGGCUGCUAGAAACCCUCUUUCAGAAGUAGAGCUUUCGUGUCCUGUGUGCUGUGAAAUCUUCAGGGAUCCUGUUCUUCUGUCGUGCAGCCACAGUGUGUGUAAAACCUGUCUGCAGCAGUUCUGGGAAACUAAGGGGUCCCGAGAAUGUCCAGUUUGUAGGAGAAGAUCCUCUAAACAUGAUCCUCCCUGUAACCUUGCACUGAAGAACCUUUGUGAGUUUUUUCUAGAGAGCAGGAGUCAGAGGUCUUCAGCAGGGUCUGAGGGGCUCUGCAUUCUGCACAAUGAGAAACUCAAACUCUUCUGUCUGGAUGAUCAGCAGCCUGUGUGUUUGGUGUGUCAGACUUCAAAGUCACACAGAAAUCACUACUGCUGUCCAGCUGAUGAAGUAGUGACUGACUUUAAGAUUAAACUCAAGUCUGCUCUGGAGCCUCUACAGAAGAAUCUGAAAGUCUUAGAGGAAGCUAAACAAGACUAUGACCAAACAGCAGCUCACAUUAAGACGCAGGCCCAGCACACAGAGAGGCAGAUAAAGGAGGAGUUUGAGAAGCUUCACCAGUUUCUAAGAGAUGAAGAAGCAGCAAGGAUAGCUGCACUGAAGGAGGAAGAGGAGCAGAAGAGUCAGAUGAUGAGGAGUAAGAUUAAGGAGAUGAAUGGAGAAAUAUCAUCUCUUUCAGACACAAUCAGAAACCUAGAGAAGGAAAUGGAGGCUGAGGAUGUUCUGUUCUUACAGAACUUCAAGUCUACAGAGAAACAAGCUCAGCUCACACCAAAGGAUCCAGAGAAGACAUCAGGAGCUCUGAUCAAUGUAGUGAAACACCUUUCCAACCUGAAGUUCAGAGUGUGGGAGAACAUGCAGGAGAUUCUCCAGUACACCCCUGUUACUCUGGACCCCAACAAUGCACAUCCACACCUCCACCUGUCUGAUGAUCUCACUGCUGUAGAAAACAGAAAACAGAGAUCAUCACUUCCUGAUAAUCCAGAAAGAUUUGAUGUUGACUGGUGUGUUCUGGGUUCUGAGGGUUUUAACUCAGGGAUUCACUGCUGGGACGUCCAGGUUGGAGACAGUCAUUACUGGAGACUGGGUGUGAUACCAGAGUCUGUAACAAGAAAAGGAGACUCUUUCUGGGGUUCAGUGUGGAGUCUGUAUAAUAGUUAUGGUGAAUAUCAAAUAUUCUGUCCAGGACAGUCAGUUCUCUCCUUCACACCUAAAGAGAAGCUGCAGAGGGUCAGAGUGCAGCUGGACUGGGACAGGGGGAAAGUGACCUUCACUGAUCUUCUAACCAACACACACCUGCACACUAUAACACACACUUUCACUGAGAGAGUUUUACCAUUAUUCUAUAAUUAUUCUGUUCAUCCUCUGAGGAUCUUACCAGUGAAGACGUCAGUAACAGUGGAACAGCACAGUUAAAGUUGAUGCUGCUUAGAAUGAACAUUUAUACAGGUAGUGAGUGUCUGAAUUAUGAUCAUAAGAAUAUGUCACUACAUGUAUAUUUUAAAUAAUGUGUUUGUACCAUUCCAUCCUAACAUGUCUGUGUGGAAAUAAAAUGCUGAUUUAAAGUGUCA